AUGAAUGCCAGCAUGCUGUCAUACAUACUCUUCUCUUGUCUGCUGCUCUCUGUGCAAGCAGAGUAUUGCAGUGUCCAGGAAAUUAUCCGCUAUACAAUGCGCCUGCUUGGGGAUAGUUCUGUGAGUUGCCCAUGCAGGCAGACAGCUGUCAGUUCAUGUUCAUGUCUUCCCAUUCCUGAGCCUGGCCAUGAAUUGGCAUGCUUUGCAGAAGGAACCAAACACCUGAUGGAAAACAACCAAUCUUCCAAUGCAGUUAUUACAAGGCUUUAUCUGACCUUUCAGUCUCUACUGGAUAGAAACCUCUGCCAAAGCCUGGCACGUGAGAAUCAAUGCCAGUAUGAGACCAAAGGAAAUGUGAAGGAAUUUCUGAACAAAAUCCUGAGAACCUACCAAGCAUUCAGUAAAUCCAGUGCUUAA